AUGAGCCAGUCAGUCAAUUUGGGUCGAUGCGUCUACCAUGCUACCGAUUCACAUCUUGAGCUUGAAUUCUCAGCAAUUGCGCUUUUUACCAAGUCAAAUGGUCAUCCAAGCAACUCACUGCCCGUGAACUUUCUGCAAUGGACUGAUCACCUUUCAGUCUGGAUCAAGGAAGCUCCAGAACUGGAGAUCCGUCUCUCUAUUGUCAUGCGCUCAGGGUUGAAACUUGCGGCGUCUGGGUUCAUCUCCGACUUGGCAGAAAAGAUCUGCAACUCCAAGGUCUGGUCCAAUCUGGGCUUCACCAUCAUACUCAAGACUCGAGGCAGCGACAAGCACACCGAUAACUGCAUAGCCCACUGCUUCACAUUUGGUCUUUGUCGAGCCACCAGAAGACUCAAUCCUACAAAAGGUCGAGCCCUGCCCGAUGUGCUCCGCCAUCCACCUGAUGCCCAUGCUCCACCUGAUGUGCCGACGAUCUCCUUGGCGUCGAUCGAUGUCUAUGCGGAGUACACAUUCCCACACCCGAAAGAAAAUACUUGCAGGACGAUUCAGUACAAUGUCGGGCCAUUGAAUCAAUUGCAAUUGCCCUUCCCCUUUGCAGGGUGCUACUAUCCGGUCAACGCAAAGACUUUUGAAGUAGCAGCAAUAUCUUUGUCUCCCGUUAAGGCUGCCAUGCCUUCUGCGAAACAUUACACCUUUCUCGAAAAUCAUGCGCUGGGACAACUCUUGCCACCACAUGUGCCGCUUGACUGCACAUCGGAGGUCAUGCUUCGACUUAUGGACCUGGGUCUUCGGAAAUUGAUCAUCUCCCCCACUACAAAGGACCGCCAAAUUAAGGUCGUUGGCGAGAACACACUCAAAAGCCUAUCCAAUCUUGCUCCUGCAGUGUUCAAUCCGGGAUACCGCGAGGCAAUGCAUCAAAGGGCGGCAUCAAACCCUAUCAUCUCAAAGGCGUUGAUAUCCAUGCUUGAAAGGAGCAGCAACCCAAUCAUACAGAGUAAAGUAACCACCCUGCUUCAGCAAUCCAAUAACCCCAACGAAGGAACCCCUCAACCAGGGCUACAUAAAACAAGCCUGUAUUCCACCAUCCACUCAUCACUGUGGCGUAUUGCCCAGCAAAGGACUCGCAGGCCCAAGGUGCAAAAGGGAACCUCGGCAUUAUUUGGCGCAAAUCCAGCUACACCGUACCUCUCCCAAAUCCAGCCUGCAUCCAUAGCACCCAUUGUGGAAGAUUUCUUCUCCGACAGCGAACCCCUCGACUUGGACAGCGACAACUAUAAUCCCAUGGAACAUGGCUACAUGCAGUUCGCCCCUGAAGACGAAGAUCUACUCCUUGAGAGUGGCAACGAAUCCGCCUUCGAAGACCUUUAUGAUUCAGCACCCACAGCCCUGGACGACACCUUUCAGUAUGGUGAACCCUGCUUGUUACUACAUAGUGAUACCGAAAUGCUCCCUCUUGACCAUGACAUUCUUGACAUAUGA